CAAUUGUCCCCAUUCCAGCUCUCAGUACUGCUUGGAAUCAUCCUCGAAAAAGAACCCAACCACCAAAAAUCUCCUGACAGACUCACUUCACAUCAUGCCUCCCAAGAGAGCCGCCGCGACGCAGACCGCGAAGGAGAACGCGCCUGCCGCCAAAACAGCAACCAAGAAGACGAAGACCACUACUACUGUCACCAAGAAGACGACCGCGAAGGUCGCUAAGAAGGACGAGGAGGAGCCCAAGGCCGCGCCCAAAGCCGCCGCCACCAAGAAGACUGCUGCGCCCAAGGCUGCCGCGAAGAAGGCCGCUGCUCCCAAGAAGACUGCUGCUCCCAAGGCUGCCGCGAAGAAGGCUCCUGCGCCCAAAAAGGCUGCUGCCCCCAAGAAGACUGCUGCAGCUAAGAAGGCUGCCGCCGCCAAGGAUGAUUCUGAUAAGGAAAACAGCGUCGCCGGCGCCAAGCGCAAGCGCGAGGAGGACGAGGAGGAAGAGGAGCAAGAGGAGCUUGCCGAUGAGAAGCAGGUCAACGGCACUCGCCCCAUGAUUAAGAGAGCCAAGACCGACGAAGAUGAAGCCGCGAAGCCCGCGCCCAAGAAGGCCAAGGCCGCCCCGAAGCCCAAGCCCGAACCCAAGAAGAAGCCUUUGGGCAAGGUGAUCAACGAGGCGCCCACCAAAGUGAUGGACAUCUUUGUCUUUGGUGAAGGCACCUCGGGAGAGCUCGGUCUCGGCAGCCUGAAGUACGACGGAAAGAAGCCCAUUGACGUCAAGCGUCCGCGCAUUAACCACAACCUUAGCGGCAUUGUUCAGGUCGCUUGCGGCGGCAUGCACGUCGCUGCGCUCACCAAGGACAACAAGAUCCUCACUUGGGGCGUCAACGACCAGGGCGCUCUUGGCCGCGACACGACUUGGGACGGUGGUCUGCGCGACGCCGAUGCGGAAUCUGACUCCGAGGAUGAGGACGACACUGGCCUCAACCCCAAGGAGAGCACGCCUGGCGAGAUUGACACCACGGACGUUCCCGAGGGUACCGUCUGGGUUCAGGUCGUUGCCAGCGACAGCGCUACCUUUGCCUUGACCGCUACCGGUCAAGUUUACGGAUGGGGUACUUUUAGGUCAAACGAAGGCAUUCUUGGCUUCACCAGAAAUGUGCUGAUUCAGAAGACGCCUGCCCUCAUCACCCAACUCAGCAAGAUCAAGCAGCUCGCCGUCGGCUCCAACCACGUUCUCGCCCUCGACGAGAAGAACAAGGUCUUCGCCUGGGGCGCCGGCCAGCAAGCCCAACUUGCGCGCCGCCUGCUUGAGCGCGACGAAAACGGCGCCCUUUUCCCCGCCAGCAUCGGCACGCUUCCCGGACGCGCCAAGGCUGCCAAACUCGCCUGCGGCUCGUACCACUGCUUCAUCAUCGAUACCAAGGGCCGGGUGAUUGGCUGGGGUCUUAACAACUACGCGGAACUGGGCAUCGAGGCCGAGGCCGGCACCGAUGGCGGCUUCAUCCUCAAGCCGCAGCUGGUUGAUUCGCUCAAGGAGCACAACAUUGUCGAUAUUGCCGGUGGCGAGCACCACUCGCUCGCGACCAACGACAAGGGCGAGCUGCUGACGUGGGGCCGCAUCGAUGGGCACCAAGUCGGCCACCCGUCGGGGUCGUUCACUGAGGAGAACACCAUCUUCGACGAGAAGGACAAGCCCAGAAUCCUGGUCCAGCCCGCCGUCGUGCCAGAUAUUGAGGGCAAGAUUGUCCAUGUGGCCGCCGGCACCGAUCACAGCUUCGCCAUCACCGAGGACGGCAAAGUCUACUCGUGGGGCUUCUCGGCCAACUACCAGACCGGCCAGGGAACAACAGACGAUAUCGAGACGCCCACGCUGAUUGACAACUCGGCGAUUCGCGAUCGCAAGAUCAUCUUUGCUGGCGCUGGUGGUCAGUACUCUAUUCUUGGCGCUGAGCCCAAGGAAUAA